AUGAGCCACCAGCUUCUCGACUGCAAUCCAGCAGCCCUCCUCCUCCUCCGCUACCCCUCCAAAGCGGCCCUUCGGCACGCCGUUUCCCUGGGGUGCGCGUCCCCCCCUCUCUCCCCCGAAUUCCAGCCGGAUGGGGAGAGGUCUGAGGAGAAAGCAGCGAGGGUGGGGCGGGAGGUGGCGGAGAGAGGGGAGGUGGUGGUGCCGUGGACUUACAGGAAGCGGGAUGGGGAGCUUCUGCCCCUUCGGAUUCACUACCAGCCGGACGGGGAGAGGUCUGAGGAGAAAGCAGCGAGGGUGGGGCGGGAGGUGGCGGAGAGAGGGGAGGUGGUGGUGCCGUGGACUUACAGGAGGAAAGAUGGGGAGCUUCCGCCCCUCCGGAUUCACUACCAGGUAAAGUUCCUCUGCACAAGCCAUGAUCGCACUCUUACAGAGGUGAUAGACUGGUGUUUCUCUGGACUUACAGGAGGAGAGACUGUGUGUGUGGGCUGGGCACGUGGCACGAUUUUGACAGAUGCGCUGAGACAGGAGGAGGAGCACCAGCAGCCUUCCCGAUAUCCUCCCUCUUCCCCUUCACCCAUGCUCCCCCCUCCGUCUCUUACACAGCUCAUGCGAGUGGGAGGGAGCAGACAGUGUUUCAUGCGUGUGGGAGCAGCGCACUUGAACCAUCUACACCCAUUGCAUGAGCAGCAGCAGCAGCAGCAGCAGCAGCAGCAGCAGCAGCAGCAGCAGCAGCAGCAGCAGCAGCAGCAGCAGCAGCAGCCACCACCGCAGCAGCAGCAGCAGCAGCAGCAGCAGCAGCAGCAGUCAACAUCACCACCGCAGCAGCAGCAGCAGCAACAGCAGCAGCAGCAGCAGUCAACAUCACCACCACAGAAGCAGCAGCAGCGGCCGCAGCCGCAGUCAACAUCGCCACCGCAACAACAGCAGCAGCAGCAGCAGCAGCGAGCAUGGCUGACAUUCAGCGUCUCAGACACAGGCGUGGGAAUCAGCAAGGACGCAUCGGAUCGCCUCUUCCGAGCCUUCAUGCAGGGGGAUCCCUCCACCUCUCGCCGCUACGGUGGCACUGGGCUCGGGCUAGCCAUCUCCAAAUCCCUCGUGAGCCUCAUGGGCAGCGACAUUCGUCUCAUUAGCAAGGUCGGCGUCGGGUCGACGUUUUCGUUCACGAUAAAUGCCGCGGUGUCGUCGGCUGCGAGGUGUGCGCUUAAGGAAGACUCUUUGCUAAGAGACGGGAUGCUGCACCCUUUUGAGGCGCUUGAAACGGUUGAGAGGUGUACGCUUCAUGGUUCUGCUGCUGCUGUUGGUUCUGCUGCUGCUGGGGAUGGGAUGGGAAGGAGCCUCAAUCUAGCUGCAGGUACCGCUAACAGCCACCACCACCUCUCACUGGAGCAGGUUUUGAGCAAGCCGGCAAGACUGAGAGGGCCCGUGAGUGAUGGGAGCCAAGGAAGAAGAGCAGGAGCAGGAGUGGGUGUGCCUAGUGAGACAGCUAAUUCAGCUGUGGCAAAGGCUGCUGGUAGUGGCUAUCCUGGUAUGAAUGAACAACGGGAAUUUGUGGCACCUCCUGCGAAAGCAGUGGCAGUAGCCACAGCAGCAAGAGAAGCACCAGAAACGAAAGGGAGAGCUUCGACUGUGAUGGGAGCAGCUUCCGUUAAAGAGAAACAACAAUUACCAAUACAGCAGCAGCAGCAGCAGCAGCAGCAGCAGCAGCAGCAGCAGCAGCAGCAGCAGCAGCAGCAGCAGCAGCAGCAGCAGCAGCAGCAGCAGCAGCAGCAGCAGCAGCAGCAGCAGCAGCAGCAGCAGCAGCCGCAGCAGCCGCAGCAGCAGCAGCAUCUUCAAGAGCAUUUUCAUGAAAAACAGCAGCAGCCGCAGCAGCCGCAGCAGCAGCAGCAUCUUCAAGAGCAUUUUCAUGAAAAACAGCAGCAGGCGCAGAUGCCUGUGGCAUGUGCAGCCCAGACUGCCACAUGCCUGUGA